GCUGAUAACACACGAUUGACUUUUACGACGGACUCGGAGUGGGAGCUAUGAUAAAUGCGUCGCGGUGAUUAUGGAAAACGAGUCAAGGUUUGAAGACCUCUGAUCACAUUGGCUUUAAGGCCAGACAGGAGGCCACUUAGGUGCCAGCCAGCCCCACUGAGGAGGAAGGCCAACAGUGGGACUGGAAGAACCUCUGACUUCAUCCACACUUCUCCAGCCUUCACUCUUCAUCACCUCCGCCAUGUCUAUACCAAGCAACAGCCCAGAGAGAGAGGGCUCUACUGGAGCUCCCCCUCAGCUAGAGUGCCCAUCUUCUCCUACAGGACCGGACCCAGAGCCCCUGUCAACAGGAAGCCCUGUGCUCAGCCCAGACUCCUCUUCCCAUGAUGCAGUGCUGUCAGCUCCGGCAGCCUCCCCAGCAGACUCAGAAAACCUGAGUCCUGAUGAACUGGAGCUGCUGGCCAAACUGGAGGAGCAGAACAGGUUGCUCGAGGCUGAUUCUAAGUCCAUGCGGUCGAUGAGUGGUUCACGGCGUAACAGCGGCUCCUCCUUGGUGUCCAGCUCCUCCGCUUCCUCCAACCUCUCACACCUGGAAGAGGAUACCUGGAUCCUGUGGGGCCGCAUCGUGAACGAGUGGGAGGAGUGGAGACGCAAGAAGGAUAAACUCCUGAAGGAGUUAAUCAGAAAGGGAAUCCCUCAUCAUUUCCGAGCCAUCGUCUGGCAGCUGCUAGGUAAUGCCACGGACAUGCCAGUGAAGAACCAGUACUCUGAGCUGCUAAAGAUGUCAUCUCCCUGUGAAAAACUCAUCCGGAGAGACAUCGCCCGCACCUACCCUGAGCACGAGUUCUUCAAAGGCCAGGACAGCCUGGGCCAAGAGGUCCUUUUCAAUGUGAUGAAGGCAUACUCUCUGGUGGAUCGAGAGGUGGGCUACUGCCAGGGCAGUGCGUUCAUCGUAGGUCUGCUUCUUAUGCAGAUGCCAGAGGAAGAGGCAUUCUGUGUCUUUGUGCGUCUGAUGCAGGAGUACCGUCUGAGGGAGCUGUUCAAACCCAGUAUGGCAGAGCUGGGCCUCUGCAUCUACCAGUUUGAGUAUCUGCUGCAGGAACAACUCCCAGAGCUGAACGUCCAUUUUCGAUCCCAGAGUUUCCACACGUCUAUGUAUGCCUCGUCUUGGUUCCUCACUCUUUUCCUCACUUUCCUCCCGCUGCCUGUUGCCACACGGAUCUUUGACAUCUUCAUGUAUGAGGGCUUAGAGAUUAUCUUCCGUGUGGGCCUGGCCAUCCUGCAGUACAACCAGACUGACCUCAUUCAGCUGGACAUGGAGGGCAUGUCACAACAUUUCCAGAAGGUGAUCCCCCACCAGUUUGACAGCUGUCCAGACAAGCUGAUCCUACGGGCCUACCAGGUUAAAUACAACCCCAAGAGGAUGAAGAAGCUUGAGAAAGAAUACACAACAAUCAAGAAUAAAGAAAUGGAGGAACAAAUUGAGAUUAAGAGGUUACGCACAGAAAACAGGCUGCUGAAGCAGAGGAUUGAGACUCUUGAGAAGGAGAGUGCAGCUCUGGCAGACAGGCUUAUACAGGGUCAGGUGACACGAGCACAGGAAGCUGAGGAGAACUACGUGAUUAAACGGGAGCUGGCAGUGGUGAGGCAGCAGUGCAGCACAGCCAGCGAAAGUCUGGAGAAAGCACAGGACACCAUCAGAGAGCUCCAGCAGCAGAAGUACACAGACCAGUUUGUGAGCAACCUGCAGACUCAGCUGGAGCAGUCCAGACUGCGUGAGGCCGAACUGCUUGGAGCGCUGAAGGAAAUGCAAGACAAGGUCCUGGACCUGGAGAAGAGGAGCAGCUGUCUGCCUGAUGAGAACAACAUGGCCGCUCUGCAGGAGGAGGUGAAGCAAAUGAAGCUGAGGGAGCUGGAGACGCUGCGCUCAUUCAGAGAGAUGCAGGACACAGUCACUGAGCUUAACCAGCGCUGGCAGCAUCACAUGUCCAGAGGCAGCAGCACAGGUGGAGGUGGCGGCCACUGGAAGGAGUCUCCUAAAAAGAACGCCAUGAACGAGCUACAGGACAAACUGAUGACAGCGAGACUGAGGGAGGCACAGGCACAGGCUGAGCUCAGAGAGGUCAAACUUAAAGCCCUGCAGCUCGAGAGCCAGAACCAGAUCCAUAGCAAGCUGAUUGGUCGCAACGAACAGGAGCGCUCCGCCCUACAGGACCGGCUCCAGAUGCUGGCCAAUCAGAACAAAGCUCUCCAGGCCCAAGUCAGCGAGAUGAAAAGGAAGCAGGCCGAGUCGGACUGCAAGAGUAAAGAGGAGGUGAUGGCAGUGCGGCUGAGGGAAGCAGACAGUAUGGCGGCCAUGGCUGAACUCAGGCAGAAGAUUGCUGAACUCGAGAUUCAGAAGGAGGAGGGGCUGAUCCAGGGUCAGCUCAACCACUCAGACUCCAGACAGUACAUCAACCAACUCCGGGACCAGAUAACUGAGCUCAAGAAUGAGAUCAGGCUGUUGCGAGGGCAGAAGGCGGCCCCCAGCUCUAGGGUCAGUGGAGGAGGUGGAAGCACCAACUAUCAGGAUCUCUGCCUGGCCAGCCCUGCCUCCGCAGAGGGAGACUACCUGAGCUCAGACGAGGACCUGCUUCACAGCCCGCUGCCUCCAAAUGCCCUUUACCCCUCCCUGUCUGGCCCGUGUCACCCGUCUCCCCGCCUGGACAGCGAGGGAAGCACAGACAGCGAGGCAGAGGAGCAGGUGCGGACACACCCAGACCCUCAGCAGCUUUACGGCAGCAUGGUGUGUGCCGAGGCGCUGGAUAACUGAGGCCGGGAGGACACAUGGAUUGGAUUUCUCUGAGCAAAAGAGACACUGUAGCCCUACAAAAUAAAACUCCAACCUGAAACUUGGACUGUAUCAUCCAAUCCAGCCUUCCUCCUCCUCGGCCUAUCCAGUGUUUACCUGUAACUUGAUGCAGACAUAGUGACAUUCUUCUGGACCUCCUCUGAUUAUCACUCCCUGCCCUCCCCGCUCCUGUUUCUGUCUCCACACUCUGUCUCAUCAUAUUCCCCUUACAAAGAGGUAAUGUAAAACCUCUCUUCUUGUUCCCAUGUAAAACUGCCCACAACAAUACAUAUCCAUUCAAACACAAACAUGACACAAACAAACAGAGAGCAAGCAAGAUGGCUGCUGUUGCUCCAGAUCACCUGGACCUGAAUCUGUGACUGUGACAAAGAAUGAAACACAGGUAGACAGAAAAUAACUCAAUAACCCCCCAUAACAACAUAAUAAUAGACACCUUACACUCUGUAUAGUCUGUCUACCUGUACAUGACUCUCCUCCCUGAUUGAUUCAGGGUUAAAAAAUGUCUCUAUCUCCUCUUUCCCUUUUUAUGUCUCUCAUUCAGAAGACUAAAACAAAAAAACUAUCAGCCAUCGAGUUACCUCUGAGUAGACCAAGUGUUUAAAAUACGAUUAAAAAGGUGAUGAGUAUGCAGUGUAGGAUUCUGUACCUAUAUACUGUAUUGAUAUCACAGGAUGGAAACAUGAACACUUUAACAUACUGUACAUGUGUCGUAUGUAUCAGAGAUUGAGUUAUAAACAGCUCAUGUCAGAACAUAUUCACUAGAACACACUGAAAAGGAAAGAAGAAAACAAGUGUUGCCAAAUGUAUUGUUUUUUGUUUUAAUUAUUUAUAUGUUGUAAUUUAUUUUGAUAUAUUUUUUUAUUUUCUUUUUUUAAUAUAUAUCUAUAUGAAACUAUAGGAGCAUAGAGACACCGACAGAGGCCAAACUUUACCCACCGUCCUUUGUGCCAACAAGUCACCUGUGAGUGUUUCAGAGAUGGAAAAUGUGCUGCUAUGAUUUUUGAUUCACUUUCUCCAUUUCUUUCUGUUCUUUUUUUUUUUAAAUUAUUGUCUUUGUGAUCUGCAACUUCCUGUUAAUUCUGACACUGAUUAUGAAACCAGUGGUUCUCAACCAGUCUGUCCUCAGGACCCACCACCACCUCCUUUAAGCGAAAUCACCACCCAAAUUUCUGAAAAUGUUCAACCACUCAAAUUUUUUAACGGAAAAUGUUUCUGUUCGGACCUUAUAGCAUGUCCCAACUUCACGCAACUCAACAAAAUCACUGACUCCUAUUUUAGUACCCUGACAGCAUGCAAGCAAUGCAGCGCGAUGCAGUGCAUCGUUGUUGCCCCAUCCCUUGCAUUGAGAUGGGCAAUGAACAAGGAAAGAAAAGGGGAAGAGAUGAAGGUGCAUCAGGAGUUUCAGAUAAUAUUCCCUUGAUUGUCUUUGACAUUUCUUACUCAACAGAGCUUGCUAGCUUGUUUUACAAAAUGGGGACAUUUGAGUAUUAAUAAUAUCUGAGUUUGAAAUGUUAUGGUCUGAGCUAAG